CUCAGUCUCCCCUCCCUGGCUCUGGAGUGCCAUGCCAGUCACUUUCUUCAGACAGGCCGAGCAGGUGAUACUGACUCCUGACUGGAGGCUUUGUGUGUCUGAGAGUCCUUUUUUUUCCUGAUGUGCAGGACUCUGUUGCUGGCUUGGCUCCAGGAGGUGCCCACUAACCCCAGUGAGGCCUGUGAGGUCUCUGUCUAUUAAAGUCCUCUUCAGUCUUUUGUCAUUCACAGUCCUCUGGGGGUACCCUGCCCCCAUCUUUACUAAUGGAAUUCCCAUGCUUCCUCCCCUCCUGGCCAGUUGCCAAAGGCCUCUGGGAAAGGUGAGGAGCCAGCAUGCCCCUCCCCCACUGCAGGCGGGCGAACUGUCUGCAGGGAAAACCAGCUAUGGGAGUGGUGACGGAGAUGGCCGCACGGUCUGAUGUUCUGGCCCGUGUGACAGUAUCUAAGCAGCUCAGAUUUCGUCAUCACACAGCUGUCUCUGGACAGUAACUGGACUGAGGGGUCUUUUAAAACAUGCCAUCGUGGGUUGGUCCCUUGUAUAACUAACCUAAAAUCCUGCAGUUCUGGUUGGUUUCUUAGUUUGUUAUACAUGUUUUCUGAAACCCACUUUGUUAAAGUUAAAAGGGCCUGUAAAGGUUCCACUUUAAGCCAGAGUAAGAACAAUGUGAUUCCGCUUCUUAUGCAUGACCGUGAAUGUGGGCGAGCUAUUGAGCAUGCUGCCAAGUCACACGGGUGUGGAGCGGUCACGGUACAAGUAGCAACCGUGCAUUACAGAUACCAGUGGUUGCUGACAGGCCUUGUGGUGAGCCCUGGUCACAUCUGCUGCAGGCUUACUCGGGCAGGAAAAUACAAAGUGAGGCCCGGUGCUGCCGGGCUUGCCUGUUGCUUUGGUAACUGGCAGACAUUGCACACUGGCUCCUGUAAGCUUGGGAGGAACAGGUUUGGACAAGAACAGCGGGUGAAUUCCAGGCAUGUUGAGUUUGCGAUCUGGGACCUAUGCUUCAGGAAUUCAGGAGGGAAUCUGGGCCAGUGAUAUAAAUUUGGGAAAUGUCAGAUAUAGAUGGUAACUAAAGCCAGGAGGCCAGACAGGCCCACCGUCAAAGCAGUGAGUGCAGACAGCAAAGAGUACGGGAUGGCCGGCAGAGCCCCGGGCCUCCAGCUCGCGAUGAGGAGGAGCCUGCGCAGGAGUGGCGAGAGCAAGAGCAGAACCAACCCUGUUCAUGUUCUGGAAUCAAGACUGAGGAGCAAGUGCCCCUCAGGCCUGUGCUCCUCAGGGGCAGGGUUGUGUCUGCCCAUCUUAGUGUCCUCAAUAGCCGGGAGUGUUCCUGUCUCCCAGUGCAAGACAGCGCUGCUUUUUCAUGUACUGAAUGAACUCUUCUCAGUGUCUGUCUGAUGGGUUUUUUUCCUUCCACAACCUGUAUCAUAAAAGGGAUACAGUGUUCAUGGUUGACUUUACUUGUGAGCUUGAGAAGCUCUUGUCCCCAGAUGCCUUGUCCGCGUCGCCCAAUUCCCAUCACUCUGCUAUUCCAGGAGCCAGUGUCAUUCAAGGAUGUGGCUGUGGACUUCACGCAGGAGGAGUGGCAGCAGCUGGGCCCUGAGCAGAAGACCACCUACAGGGAUGUGAUGCUGGAGACCUACAGCCACCUCGUCUCCCUGGGGUGUCACAUUGUCAAACCGGAAGUAAUCAUCAAGCUGGAGCAAGGAGAAGAGCCCUGGAGAGGAGGAGAAUUCCUGCUUCAUAGUCGCCCAGAAGUCUGGAAAGUUGACCUGAUACAGAGAGUCCAAGAAAGUGAAGACAAACAUUUGAGGCAAACUGUAUCCAUCAACAAAGCCCUGACUGAAGAGAGAGGUAAUGUUCUUGGUAAGACUUUUAAUGUGGAAACAAACCCUGUUCCUUCAAGAAGAAUAUCCGAUAAAUGUGACUCAUGUGAAAAGAGUUUAAAAUCCAUUUCAGAAUAUAUUAGUAGUGACGGAAGCUAUGCAAGAAUGAAGCCUGAUGAAUGUAGUGCCUGUGGGAAAUCACUUCUUCAUGUGAAACUUGAGAAAACUCACCCAGGGGAGAAAUCUUAUGAAUUUAAUCAAAAUGGGGAAGCUUAUACUCUAAAUGAAGAAAGUAUUUAUCAGAACAUUCAUAUUUUGGAGAAACCCUUUGAAUAUAUUGAAUGCCAGAAAGCCUUUCAAAAGGAUGCAGUUUUUAUUAAUCCUAUGGAGGAGAAGCCCUAUAAGUGGAAUGAAUCUGAAAUAGCCUUUCUCCAGAUGUCAAACCUCAGUGUACACCCAACAUCUCACAUGGAAAUGAAGCCCUAUGAAUGCAGUGCAUGUGGGAAAUCCUUCUGCAAAAAGUCAAAAUUCAUCAUACAUCAGAGGACUCACACAGGAGAGAAACCUUAUGAAUGUAAUCAGUGUGGAAAAUCCUUCUGCCAGAAGGGAACCCUCACUGUACAUCAGAGAACACACACAGGGGAGAAGCCCUAUGAAUGUAAUGAAUGUGGGAAAACCUUCUACCAGAAGUUACACCUCAUUCAACAUCAGAGAACUCACUCAGGAGAGAAGCCCUAUGAAUGUAGUUAUUGUGGGAAAUCAUUUUGCCAGAAGACACAUCUCACCCAACACCAGAGAACACAUUCAGGAGAGAGACCCUAUGUUUGUCAUGAUUGUGGAAAAACCUUCUCCCAGAAGUCAGCUCUUAAUGACCAUCAUAAAAUUCACACAGGUGUGAAGCUCUACAAGUGUAACGAAUGUGGCAAAUGCUUCUGCCGCAAGUCUACUCUCACCACACAUCAGAGGACACACACAGGAGAGAAACCCUAUGAAUGUAACGAAUGUGGAAAAUUUUUCUCUCGGUUAUCAUAUCUAACUGUACAUUACAGAACUCAUUCAGGAGAGAAACCUUAUGAAUGUAAUGAAUGUGGGAAAACCUUCUAUCUGAAUUCAGCCCUCAUGAGACAUCAGAGAGUACACACCGGAGAGAAACCAUAUGAAUGUAAUGAAUGUGGAAAAUUAUUCUCCCAGUUGUCAUACCUCACUAUACAUCAUAGAACACAUUCGGGAGUGAAACCCUAUGAAUGUAACGAAUGUGGGAAAACCUUCUACCAGAAUUCAGCCCUGUGUAGACAUCGAAGAAUACAUAAAGGAGAAAAGCCCUAUGAAUGCUAUAUAUGUGGAAAAUUCUUCUCUCAGAUGUCAUACCUCACUAUACAUCAUAGAAUCCAUUCAGGAGAGAAACCCUAUGAAUGUAAUGAAUGUGGGAAAACCUUCUGCCAGAAUUCAGCCCUUAAUCGACACCAGAGAACACACACUGGAGAGAAAGCCUAUGAGUGUUAUGAAUGUGGAAAGUUCUUCUCUCAGAUGUCAUAUCUCACUAUUCAUCAUAGAAUUCAUUCAGGAGAGAAACCCUUUGAAUGUAAUGAAUGUGGAAAAGCCUUCUCGCGAAUGUCAUAUCUUACUGUACAUUACAGAACUCAUUCAGGAGAGAAACCCUAUGAAUGUAAUGAAUGUGGGAAAAAAUUCUAUCACAAAUCAGCCUUCAACAGCCAUCAGAGAAUCCAUAGGAGAGGGAAUGUGGAUGUACUUGAUGUAGGAAGUUUUCUCUGAAGUCAGACCUCAUGCUACAUGAGAGAACCCUUUCAGUGUACUGUAUAAGAAACUCCUGCCUUUGUUAAGUCAGAGUUCACACAGGAAUGUGGACCUGUCUCUGUGCAUUAGUCAGACUUGUAGAUGCAGAAUUCACAGGGUAGAAACCACAACUGCAACAAGAUACAUGGCUUGUUGGACACCAGACUGUACAGGAGUAAAAUGCAUAAACAGGUAGGACGUAUAUACACUUCCAUGGAGUCAAACUAUUUCACAUAUCAGGGAAUUCAUACUAAGAGGAGAAUUUGUCAUUCUACGGAAUGUGGAAAAUCCACUCCUCUGGAAAUUAUUAAUACUAAAAGUUAUGUUUCUGCUAUAAUAUUGAGCUUUUUGUAAAAAAACACACAAACAUAUCUAUGUUGUGAAUAAAUGUGCUCCUUGUGUAAAUAGAACCUGUAAAACCAGAUAGCUGAUCAAGACUACAACACAGCCACAUUAAACUCAUGUAUACGUGAGUGUUUCCUGAGCAUGUAGGCCUCUGUUAGCUUGCUUUUUGGGAUGGUACAUUACAGGAAUUGUAUGUUCCUUCGGAAUCACAUUUGAAAAGGCAGUGUAUCCUUAUUGGAAUAAUUUCUAAGAUGUGGUAAGAUUACCUCUUUUAAAUAGCACAGCCAUGUUAGUUCUUAAUAUGCAUUGCCACUGAACUACUUUGAUAGGUAUGAAGUAUGCUUCUUGUACUCUUUCCUAGCACUUACAGAUGUACUUUAUCAUUGUUAAUGAACUAAACCUUCCAUAAAGAAGUCAGUGUUUUUAAUAAUGUUCUUAACUGUAUCCGAGUCAGCAAGAGAUAGAAAUGUAUGCAUAAAUAGAAAACUGCAUAGGUACUUUUAAAUUGUUAAUGCCAGAAGUCUCCAGUAGUGAGAAACAACUGUAGUAUUCAUUGAACUCUAUACAGUUUAAAAUUGUACUUAAAAUAUUCCCAUUUUUAUCUAAUUUUUUUCAUAUACUAUUUUUAUUUGGAUGCCUACACAAAUGUAAAUGUGCAGACCACCAUACUAUGUAACUUUGGAAUUAUCUGUGUUUUUAUUUGAUAUGAUAGUAUUUUUAAACAUCGUGCUCUACGCUUUCCUAUCCCCGAGUGAUUGAAGAACCCUUCACGUGGGUUUGUGGCAGACAUUGUUGAGUAUUCACCUCAUCACUUGCUCCUUACUGUUGCUGGCAGAGCUUGGUAUCCAUUUCUCCUAAUGGAAUGGGAUAAAUCCUGAUCUCUUUCAACCAGUAAUGAUAAUCCCUUUCUCAUUACCAGCAAUGCAGUGGUCAUGGGACCCAAUUCUAACACAUAUACAAAGGAGAUAUCUGACAGAUUAUUUUGGAAAAAGGUUUCCUCAGAGUCGAGGAGCCCUGUGAGGCGACAUGGAAUCUUGGUUGACCGUUUCCGUGCUGGGAUGUGAUGCUUGGUUGUCUCUCAACAAUGAUGUAUAGCUGAAGCACGGCAGAGCACAAAGACCGGAAGGACCAGGCCCAGAUGGGGCUGCUGAGCCACUGGACCAGCCAGCCAUGGAGCCACUUCAAUGCUCGACUAUUUCUUCUGUGAAAGACUCGAUUUAUUUUUCAGCCAGUGGAUUUGGGUUGCUCUGUUAGUGAUAACUGAAGCUACAGAGUUACGCUUUUGUAGGAGUUAUACAGCUGAGAAGUGGACAUUAGUAGGUCAUUUAUUUUGAGGUGUUGAUACAGAGGUUUAUCUUAUUUGCUGUAAAUUUUGAUGUAAAUAGUUUGAGUAUUAGAAACAAUUAAAUGUGUCCAUUUCCUUGAAUUGUUACAUCAUUGACCUAAGGACCUUUGGGACCUGAUAUAAUCUUCCUUUCUAUAAAGCACAACUUAAGUUUUCUUUA